AUGCUUGCUCAGUUUCAGACGAGUUAUGCACGCGUCGAAAGCAGCCUUCAGAAACUGAUCGACAGCAUCGCCGCGUAUAAUCCCUCCGUCUCUGCAGCGGAGGAAUUACUCGCGGCCGAUGAGCGCGUGAGUGCUGAUCUCGACCAAUUGGUCGUCCAUCAGCGCAAUUCCCUCCGUCUUGCCGAACUCCGCCAAAAAUCCGCCUCUCUCGACGAAACCAUCAAAUCCACCAUCCGCCUCCUCGCCGAAACCCGCAAGGACAUCCAAGCGAUAGCGCCGAUCGCAGCUGCGGAGGAGUCUUCUUCUGGGCCCUCGACCGCAGGCGCACAAAUAAGGAAGACUCUGCAGGUCAAGGAUGUCCUCGACUACGCAAAGUUCAUCAGCAAGACCAGCGUCCCACCCACCUACCGCAAACCAGCACCAGACAGCACAGUCAGCUCUGCCGCACCGCCAGCGACACCCGCUGGCCCCACAAACGGGAUCGUAACGCCCAUGACCGCUCAAGACGAAACCUUCCCGAUCCUCCCCGGCGCAACAGACUCCACCGUCGAACCUCCCUCCACCGCCGCGCAAGCCGCACUGCCGAGCGACUCCAAACAAUGGCUCGACCCAACCACCGCUCUCCUUCCCUUCGAACCCUGGCCCUCACACCAAGUCAUCUCAUCAGGGGCAUUGGCCGCGAUACAAAGGAUGGUGGAAAGUGGACAGGAUCCCGCGAGUGUGCUCAGUGCGGAGGAAUUGGCGGAGGCAGAAGUGAGGAAAGCUGAAGAGGAAGAGAGGGAGAGGAUCGCCGCGGAGGAGAGAGAGAGGAGAAGACGGGAGGCUUUUGGAGAUGGGCCUGUUGGCGGUGCAGGUGGAGGAGGAGGAGGAGGGGCUUUCAAUCCGGAUGAUCUUUAA